UCCACUGAGCUGCAGCAAUGGGGCGUGGGAAAGUGGAGCUCAAGAAGAUCGAGAACACGACGAGCCGCCAGGUCACCUUCUCCAAGAGGCGGAUGGGCCUGCUCAAGAAGGCAAACGAGCUGGCCAUUCUUUGCGAUGCGCAGGUUGGGGUGAUCGUCUUCUCCGGCAGUGGCAAGAUGUACGAGUACGCCAGCCCUCCAUGGAGGAUUGCAAACAUCUUUGACAGAUACCUGAAAGCCCCCAGCACCCGCUUUGAUGAGAUGGACGUCCAGCAGAAAAUCAUCCAUGAGAUGACAAGGAUGAAGGAUGAGAGCAACAGGCUGAAGAUCAUCAUGAGGCAGUACAUGGGCGAGGACCUGGGCUCGCUGACCCUGCAAGACGUGAGCAAUCUUGAGCAGCAGAUCGAGUUCUCGCUGUACAAGGUUCGCCUUAGGAAGCAGCAGCUACUUGACCAGCAGCUGCUCGAGAUGCGCCAGAGGGAGAUGCACAUGUCAGAGGACCAGAGCAGCAGCUACAUGUUCCACAUGAAUCCGGCGAGGGAUCAGCCGGGCCAGUCGGCCGACGUGAUGAAUCCGAAGCUGUUCCCUCUGUGGGACGUCGGCGACCAGAUCUACGGCCAGGACGCCGAGUCCUCCAUGACGGCUCUCAAGCUCUCGCCGCAGCUGCAGGAGUACAAGCUCCAGCCGGUGCAGCCCAACCUGCAGGAGGGCAACCUCCAUGGCUACGUCCUCCGCCUCUGGUAA